CGGUCGCAUCCGGUUAUGCGAAUCUGUUUUUUAUAUUUUAACCAACUUUAAAAACACUAAAUAAAAGCAGUAGGCAUACUGUGUGGUUGUUGUGUAAUAGUAAUGCUUUUAAAUUAAAUUAAAAUGAGUGAGAUGUGGUAUGCACAACUUUCUAAUGGGCGUUCACAAAGAAGACGUCUUUGCGCACCAGCCGCCACGGGGGACACAGUGCAAAUCUAAACCUGUUAGAUGUGAAAUGUUCAGUAAACCGAACGCCUUCCCAAUGAAUGAGGCAGGACUAUAGGGCCACAUUUGCAUGUGUAAGCAAGUGCAAGUCUCUCAAGUAACCGCGUGUACCAGUGAAAACUAAAAUUGGUCAGUCGCUCAUUUAUCGGAGUCAAGGUCACCGACCUGGUGAGGUACUUCUUGUGUCUGCACUCAGAAAUGUUGCGCUGCUCUUUGACACCUCAAAUAGAUGCAUUAAAUAUCCUUUAUGAACUGCGCGCUCAUACGACGACCAGUGAUGGAGAGUCAUGCCAGUGUUCCGGUACUGCUGCGCCAGGUGUAUUUGCACGCCGGGUUGAUUUCAUGAAAGCGCCCCGCAGGCUAAAGACGAUCGCGGAGAGAGCUCGAGAAAACUGCUUCUCACGACUGGUCGAAAUACUGACAAAGCUGAUAUCAAUCGAGGAAGAGUUUAUUAAAGGUGUUUCUCGGAACGAAAGGAGUUUGCUCAGGCGCAAGGACAGCGUUGACCUGAAGAACAUAUGCUUGAGGAUGAAGGUGGCUCUUUAUGAAGGUGGUUCUUGCUCAGACAGAGACUUGAAGGAACUUUGCGACUGUCUUCGGCUUAUAGUCAGUAAUCUGCUCGCAUAUGUGCGAGAUGAAAACAAUCUGUCAUCCGCAAUGUUCACCAACAGACUGAGGGAACUGUCAAACGCCUUCCCUGAUAUCUAAAAAUCAGUAGAUGUGGGAUUUCGUGACAUGAAUUCUAAAGAACUACUUCCUCAGUCAAACAACAAAUCUUUCUCAAAAUCAGGAGAUACUAAAUUUUCUCAGAAAAUAAACAAGCCAUAAAUCCUCUAUGAAUGAUCCUCUAUAAAUAUGUCUGACAUUUCUUGGCUCGUUUCAAAUCUUCAAACCCCUUUGUUUAAAGAUUUCAAGUGUUUUUUUGUAUUUUUAAAGUUCUAUUUUUUGGCAUUUUUGCCUUUAUUAGUUAGGUUAGUGGAGAGAAAAAGAUACAGAAAAUGACCGGGGAGAAGAGGGAAAUAUUUAAUCUGGAAAGGCCUCGAGCCAGGAAUCAAACUUGGGUCAUCCGGGAUGAGACCGCACAGCGCCUGCUUGCAAGGCUAAGGCCUUGACAGAAGUGUUUUUUCCUCCGUAUUUGUGUUCUGCUUGCCAUGUAUUUAUUGUUUUGUGUCAGUACUCCAAAAAUGGCAUUCCAUUGACUCAUACCAGUAUCAUGAGUCUGCUCUAAGCUUACUGUACAGGUAUAACAAGUCUAGUAGCUGAUGGUGCUGAAUCCACUCUCAACUCAACGGGGGGGAUGCCUGAACAAAGUCACACCUCAGGGAUGGGUAUGGUGUGGCAAGCAUUGUCAUCUGAUUGUAUAAAGAAAAAGAGCUGGUCAUGAAGUAAAAUGUUUUGGGUGGAAGGAGGGUGUGUUUGAAAAUGCAUGUGUUUGUCUCAGUUGUGUAUUCCAGUGUUCUUUAUAGUAGUAUGCCAAUAUAACACAAUUAUG